AUGAAUCCAAAAAUUUCUGAUUUUGGCAUGGCAAGAAUGUUCACACAACAAGAGUCCACAAUUAAUACCAAUAGGAUUGUCGGGACAUAUGGAUACAUGUCUCCAGAAUAUGCUAUGGAAGGAAUUUGUUCUACAAAGUCUGAUGUAUAUAGCUUUGGAGUGUUGCUAUUAGAAGAGACAUCUCCGAGGAGGAAACAACUUCGAAAGUUUUGUUUUAGAGAUACUCAGUUCGACAAACCGACACCAAUUAGCCCUUAUGAACAUUUGACUAGGUUAAGGGAGACAUGUUUGAUUUGGAGGAGUCAGCUCCGGGAAAGUUUCAUAGGUCGAGUUUGCCCUCUGCUCGUAUCAACGAGGUGCCCGGUAGUAAUUUUUGCUUCUAGGGAGGCGACUGGUAUCCCCAAACGCGCACCUACGAGGUGCCCACUCAUGAGGCCUUGCAAAUGA